AUGUUUUGUGAAUUGUUGCGUGAAAAAGGUUUACAAGAUAAUAGCAAUGUGACGGUUGAAGAAUCUAUAGCCAUGUUCUUACUUGUAUUGGGACAUGGAGUAAAACUUCGGGUGCUUGGAGGUAUCUAUAUUCGUUCAUUAGAGACAAUUAGUAGGCGCUUUCAUGAAGAUUGUCUUGGAGCUUUGGAUGGAACACAUGUUGAGAUGACUAUUCCACUUAAGGCUCAAGGUUCAUCAUCAGAUUCAAAAGUUUUACGAAGUGCAUUAGUGAGAGAAAGGGAUCCAUUUCUUGUGCCGACUGGAUUUUUAGCUCCUUAUCGUUCUACUCGUUAUCACCUAAAUGAAUGGUCAAGUCAUGCAAGAAAUUCAGUAGAGAGAACAUUUGGAUUGCUGAAAAAACGAUGGGCAGUACUUCGUCAACCAUUAUUUUUUGGUACUAAUACACAGGUUCGUAUUAUUAAUGCUUGUUGUGUUCUUCAUAACUACAUUCGUGAAAUUGCAAGUGAAUUGGAUUAUCCAUUGUUGCAUGAGGUUGAUUAUGAUUUGUCACAACAAUCAAAUGAAGUAUUUGAUGUGGACUAUGAAGAUGUCAUAACAAAUGUACAAGGUGGUAGUCAAUGGACAAAUUUUAGGGAUGAUAUGGCAAUGGAGAUGUAUAGUCAAUAUCAAGUUAGGAGUGGUAGAACUUAG